GGAUUUGAGCUCGUCUCACGGUUACUUAGACAGAAGUUUUUAUCAUAACAUAACCUAACCUCGAAACCUCGAACUUUUUUGUUUUCUCUCAAUUUCAAAUAUAUUUUAUAUUUUUAUUAUUAUUUCAUAACAUCAUAAACGAAUUCUGAGGUAUAAUACAUGACAUUAAUAAAUUGUCAAAUAAAAUACUUACCUAUAAUAUUUUUGAAUCUGGAGAACUGAAAUGGGGGAGCAAUUUACAGAAGAAGAGCUGAAGUUACCUUCAUGCAAAUAUGAAUAUCUGGAUCACACUGCUGAUGUUCAGUUACAUGCUUGGGGAGACAGUUUGAAAGAAGCUUUUGAACAAUGUGGAAUAGCAAUGUUUGGUUACAUGACAGAAUUGCCAUCUGUUGAAAUCCUGCAGUCCAGUGAAAUAGAAGCAACUGGUCAUGAUCUGGAGAGCCUACUUUUCCAUUUCCUAGAUGAACUUUUGUUUUUAUUCAGUUGUGAACCUUUCUUGAUAUGCAGCAAAGUGAGUAUUACAGAGUUUAUAAUGGAAGGGGAGGAAAUGAAGAUAAAAUGCAAAUGUUAUGGGGAAGAAUUUACUCUUGGAAAACACCCUCAAGGAACUGAAGUCAAGGCUAUUACAUAUUCUGCAAUGCAAAUUAUUAAUGAACCAGACAAAAAUAGGUAUGAAUUAUUUGUUAUCAUAGAUAUUUAGGAUUAAUAAAUGUAAUUGUAUCAAAGAUGCCAUUAUAUAUUAUUAUAUUAUUGACUACUUCAUGCCCAUGUAUGUAUGGAAUGUAUACUAGGAGCAGUAUUGACUCUUGCAAAAGUUGAUUUGCAUUCCAGUAUAAAAUAGAUUCCACACUUGUUACAUUCCCAAAUUGGGUGCAACAUUGAUUUGGGUACUAGUAUCUGAAUACACUUAGAUUUGUAGAUGGACUAGUAAGGAAUGUUGACUGUUAAUUGAAAAAUGUAUUUCUUUUACUAAAAUGAUAUUACUAUAACUGGAACAUGCCAUAGUUCAAGAGUUAUGAUAUCAGUACAUUAAUCUCCACAAUAAUCAUGAACACAUCUGCUGCAAUUUUGACUGAGAAAUACCCUGUGAAACUGGGUAUGACAACCAAUUUCAAAUGUAAUAUUUUCCAAACAAUUAAUUUUAAUUUAAUAAAUUAAAAUUGUCUUGUUAUUUUACCUCCUGGAUCAUUCACAAUAGUUGCCUUUCAUUUGUUUC